AUGUCCGUCUUCCGGGGAUGCUUGCCGGGUGCGUUGCUGGCCGGCCUUGUUCUUGCUGGCACGGGCCAGCAUCCGCUCCUCUUGGAGGCCAUUGCUCGUGGAGACGCUGAAGCUUUGCUGCGCUGCAUGAGCGAUGCGUACCCGCAGCUGCAAGAUGCCUUUGACUGGCCCGGAAGUGCAGAGCUGCGGAACCUGGCUUUCUCGCUGCGCCGCGCAGCAGCUGUACUCACUCCGGCUUUGGUUCCUUGCCUGGGCCCCCGCAUAGCAGCGGCGGCGUCAGCACCAGCCUUGGCAGGUUUGGAGGAAGCCCUGCAACAAGGAGAUGUAGCGCUGCUCCGGGAAGCACGGCAGCUGACGCAAGUGCUGCAGAGCCACGCUCCUGCACCGGUGUUGAAGCUCGUGACCUCCGUUGCGCAGCGCACGGAGCUCGAGGGGAGCAUGUCUCCUGACUGUCGAAUGCUGCGUGCAGCCUUUGAGCGAGGCCAGUGCAACGAGAUCGCGAACGUGGGUUUGGCAUGUAUUGGAAGCUUGGCGGAGGCCGCUCAGCGUUUGGAGACUGUCGGUACUUGGACUCUCGGAGGCCCCCAGCAGAUUGCACGCAAGCUUCGCUGGCAGUGGCGGUCUGACUUCGGAGAGACGCGCGAAGAAGGCUUGGUUGAAUUGCUCCGGGAGCAGCAGAAAAUGCUGGGCGAUGACCGAGCGCUGAGUAUGGCGGAGAUCGGCGUGUGGUACGGGAAUGUGUCAGUUCACCUCCUCUCUGAGUUCCCAACCCUCCACAUGCUCCUGGUCGACCCUUACCAUCUGCGUUCAGAAGGUGUCGCAGAAGAUCAGCCACAAGGCCUUCCGGUUGGGGUUACAUGUGAGCAGCUUGUACAGGACUACAGGACUUGGAUGGGCGUUAAGCACUUGUCUUAG